AGUGCGGUUCGAUAUCGGCGUUUGUUGGGCUUGGGUUUUGCCGCAGCUUUCGGCCGAAGCUUUUUUCCACAGCUCUCUGUUCUCUAAGCGCGAGCGCGACUACGACGACGAGUGCGUUUUGCAUGAAUGUGAAUGUGAGACAAAAACAAACAAUAAUAAAUAAUAAUAAAUGUAAUUUAAACAAUUAAUCAAAACGCGGCGAUCAAUGAAACUUUAUACAAAACCAACAACCAGCAACACCAACAGCAACAACAAGUGCCAGUGCAUUAUUGUACUUAAUUUUUAUGUACAAAUAGCCCAAGUGAGCCACAGUGUUGUUGAUACCCCCAGUGUGUACAUAUAUCAGUGUAUUAGUGUGUGCGCGUGUGUGUGCGUGCGGUUUUAUCAAUUGCUCUACAUAAAAUUUUCAUUGAAGUGUUUGACAGCAACUUAUGAAGCUUCAACGAUAACUAACGGCAGUUCCACACACACAUACACAGACAGACGGGCGCAACAGUUGACGGGCAGCUUAAAACGGCGCUCUCUCUCUCGCUCUCUCGCUCUAACACCUGCUGUUGGCAAUUUCCGGAUACGCGGCGCAUAGAGGAAGCUGAAAAAAAUACAAAAAACUAAACAAAUCAAAUCGGUGCGGUGUGGUUUUGACAAUAUGUUGAGCCCCCCACCAUAAUGAAGGAAAUUGAUACCGAGACAACAGUAGUAUGGCCAGCCUGGUGUUAUUCCGGUAACACACCCACCGACAUAUUGCAGCAGAAGCCUGCGAAGGCGACAACGGCAACGCCACUUAAUCCACACAACGCCGAGCAGGAGCAGCAGUUCAAUUCGUUGCCCGCGGCGGCGGCCACCAAGCGCAAGCAUCUCGAACGCUUGGCCAGUGACUUGCGCCAGCUACAGCAGCAGCAGCAGCAAUUGCACAUCAGCAACACAGCCAAAAUGUUGAGUGAGCGCUCGCUGCUGUUGAGCGGCUACGGAUCCAUGGAUAGCCAAGCCAAGAAGCUAUGCGACGCGAGCAGCGCAGCCAACACAGCAACAGCAGCAGCAGCAGCCAACACAGCAACAGCAGCAGCAACAGCCACUGGCAGCAGCGCGGCAGCAACACCCGCAACUGCCAGCAACAGCUCCAGCUCACCUACCUCCUUCUCCUCCAAUUCGGCAUCAGCAGCGCUGGCAGCAGCCUCAUCCACAGCCGCUGCUGCUGCCGCCUACGCAGCUUUGUAUUUCGAAAAGGUGAAGCAUGAGAAGCUGUCGCCGCUGCAUAUGACGGGCGCCCAAAUCGACUCGCUCAAGGAUGCGCUGCUGGAGUCCACGGCUAUGUCAAGUUUGCACAACAACAACAACAAUAACAACAACAACAGUGCUACAUUUAGCAACAACAACAAUAGCAAUAGCAGUAACAGCAGCAGCAGCAAUAGCAAUCAGCAGCAGCAGCAGCAACAGUUGCUGAGCCUAAGCAGCAGCAAUGUGAAGCGCGAACGACUUAGUCCUGGCAGCAAUUGCAACAGCAGCAACAGCAACAAUAACAAUGGAGAGGUGAACGUUAAUACAGCAUUUGCUAGAUCUCGCAGCGCCACACCCUCCUCAACGGCCACAGCGUAUCGCGGUGGCAUCUCACCCAAUCAGACGCCACAGCAGCAGCAGCAACAGCGCCUGAGCCCGCCCAGCGGCGGCCAGCAGCAAACUCCGCACAUGCCGCUGCACAAUUUGUCUACGAAUCUGUUGAACAGCAUUCAACGCAACAGCAACAACAGCAGCAGCAGCAACAACAACAGCAGCAGCAACAAUGCAGCCAACAACAGUUCAACAGCAGCAGCAGCAGCAAGUGCAACUGCCACAGCCAGCGGAGUGGCAGCAAAUGCACAGGAUUUCACCACGCGCAACUAUUCGGACAUAAUGCGCUGCUUGGCGGCCAAAUACAAUAAUGUGCAUCCCAAUGAUCACAACGCCACACGUCGCAAUUCGCAUUAUGACAGCAGCGGCAGCAGCAGCACUGGCACUGCUGCUGGCAACGGCGGAGGCGGCGGCGUCGCUGGAGCAACUAGCAGCAGCUCAACGCCCACAGCUGGCAACGCGGAGCGCAAGUUCAAUGCGAGCAGCAACAGCAGCAGCAGCGCCGCCAGCAAUGCGGCGAGCAAGAAGCUAACACAAGCAGCAGCUACAGCAGCGCUGCCCAAGGAGACAACUGUGAGCUUGUCCAGCGCUGCAGCUGGCGUUGGCGGAGCAGGUGCAGCAACUGGAAGCGCGGAGCAAGCCAAAAGCCAAAUGGCGGCGGUGGUAGCAGCCGCAAGCGUCUCGCCAUUCAUGAGCAACUUUUUGCCGGCAAUUUUUCCGCCGCUAAUGGACAUGAGCAGCACGCAGGCGCUGCUAACGUUGGCGCGUGCUGCCAAAGAUGCCGAGAUACAGCAAAUACUGCGCGGCAAGCAAACGCAGUCGCAGUCGCAGUCGAGUCAGCAGCAGCGUCAGCGCAGCAAUUCGAAUGCCUCAUCGCCCAGUGGCAGCUCCACGGGCAUGCCACGUCCCAGUUUAAAUGCAGCGCUGCAGCAGGCGGCACAAUUUGUUACACCCGCUUUAAUCUAUUCGGUGCAACUGCAGCAGCAGCAGCAGCAGCAGCAACAAUCGCAUCACGCCUCACGCCAGUCUAGUCCACGUUCUGCCAGUGCGGAGGCAGCUGUGGCGCCCAACGUGGCUGCAACGACAGCAGCAGCAGCAGCUCCGCUAGACUUGAGCUCACAGCCGCCAGCAGCCAAGCGCUUAAAGCUGGAACCAAACACAACAGCAACAGCAACAACUGAAGCUACAGCAACAACACGUCGUCGUGGCAGCCAAACAGCCACAGGCACAACAGCAAUAGCCAACGCUGCAGCAGCAUCCCCGCCACUUAGAGAGCCACAGUCCGCAGCUGGGCAAGAGACAACGGAAGGGCAAGGCAUUGGCAACGCCAACGCAGCUGCAGCAUCGCCAGCGGGCACAGUGCGUCAGUGUCAGGCGCAGAGCGAGGAGGUUAAUUCCUGGUCUGUGGACGAUGUUUGCGCCUUUGUGGGUGGAAUUGAUAUAUGCGCCGAGUACGUACAGCAUUUUCGUGAUCAGAGCAUCGAUGGCACGGGCUUGCCGCUGCUAACCGAAGAUCAUUUGGUUAACUCGCUGGGCAUGAAGCUGGGGCCGGCACUGAAGCUGCGCUCCAUAUUGGCGAAGAAAUUGGGCGGGCCGUGUCCGUGUGUUGCGUGCGUUGCGCAGGCGCAACAAAUGCUGGCACUGCAGACGGGCGGGGCAGCAACAACUGCAACUGCUACAACUACAGCAACAACAACUACAGAAACAACAGCAGCAGCAGCAGUCGCCGCUGCAGUGACCUCCACAGUGGGGUUUUGCGCAUUGGGUCAAGCGUAA